AUGAAAAAGCUCGAUUCGAGAGGAAGAACAGUUGGUUCGCUUGGUGAUGUGACUCAAACCGUUGAUAAGAUCCUCAACCAGGCCCAUGACAUAGUCAAGACUGCCUACGAGGUGAUGGUGAAAAUCGAGAAAAGAGACAAGGAUCUGAGCUGGUUUGACAAAACUAGAACCAAGCUGAGCUUUAUUGCUCUCCAAGUCCUGACUGGCAAACAGUCUGUUGUCCUGGAGCGCGCCUGGACUCAAACAAUGAUUUCGAAGAUAUCAAGCACUUCUUGGACAACCGACAUAGAGGACCACGCGUGA